AUGUGCUGCUCAGGUGGUCCAGGUGGUAUCAGGUUGACCGGAUGCGGCGUCGUAUGCGGCCUCGCCGCGCUGGCGGCUCUCGGCGUUGCUCUUUCGGGUCCAACCUGGCUACACACUGAGGAAAAGCUUGCCGUGCCGGACGUAUCUAAGAAUUCUGCAGUCAGCGUGAAAUUCAAGCUGGGACUUUUCAGAGUCUGCUCGACAAUCGUGAAUCCUUCCAAUCUGACGCUGCACAUACAAACGCCGCCCUGUAGUUACGUAAGGUACAGCAGCCUGGAGGACGUGAAGCCGAAGGAGUUGGGCUUCCCUCAAUUAGAAUUCACGUCCACGGUCGUCUCAAAAAUACGGAUCUCUGCACCAUUCCAAGUGGUCGCCGCGAUCCUGAUCCUCGCCGCAACGGUGUCGGCUAUGAUAGGCCAUUGUUAUUCCGAUCAUAGGACCCUCGUAGCCUGCGGACUUUUUCUUCUAAGCGGACUUUCCUUGGGCGGUGGAUUGAUAGUUCUGGCAUCAGCAUUGUCGGACGCAUCACUAGAGUUAUCGGGAAAAUACAGUUUGCCGUCAACUGCCGGCAUGCAAAUGGACGAUAACGGUCUACCUCAGUACCAUUAUGGCUGGUGCCUACAACUUUCGGGAUUAGCAUUGAUGCUCGCGGAAAUGGCGGCCGUUUUAACGAUGUCCGGUUACAUGGCGCGAUUCUCCACGGUCGAGGAGAUGGUGAGAGUCAUGGUUCCGGGUGCCGAAAGAAAACUGAGAGAACAGAGAGGAUUUAGCUCGGAGUAUCUUGUGAGGGCGCAUCAGAAAUCACCAGGACCGCCGCAAGCCCGACCCUUCGACCAGCCAACCAAAACGCCCCAAAAAACAGCCGAAGAAGGAACUUCAUUGCUCUGUAAAUCAGCACCCGAUAUCUGUGCGUCGAAUCCACAGGCCAUCAGUUACGUCGAUAAGGCAGAUCUAUCACACGUCUUGCCGGUCUACCCAGAUGGGAAGAACAUCGACCCACGGCAAAACAUGAUCGCUUUUACGGAUAACAAGGAACCUGACCAGGAGCAACGGUAUACCGAGUUCUCUACGAGAAACACUGACCAGAAUAUAGUAGAUUCCAGAUUGAGUGGUUUCGUCGACAAAGAGGGUCUUCUCGAUUCUAGAUUGAGUGGUUACGUCGACAAGAAUGAAUCCUUACUGGAUACCCCGUUCGGUUACGACACUAGAUUCAACAGUUUGGCUGGACAGACUGUUCCUAUCACGCUAAAAAAUCAGAAUACCUCGGUAUCGGCUAUUCAAUCACAGUAUAUAUAUCAAAACUUUGGAACGAUACAUUCGGGCAUCCUUAAAGUGUCAGAACCUGGUACCAGCUCUAGUUCCAAUUCCAGUCAACGCAGCAUGACCUUGCAAAAUCCUAAACGGAAGUCACAAAUCGCUCAGAACACCUUUAGCACGAUGGAAUGCGAAAAAAGGAAGCGAGGAUCCGGACUAACUGGCAAGGCGAGCUUUUAUACUGGAAGUGCUGUAUGACCACCACCUCCACCUCCAACACCGAGGUAACUCCCAGAAGAAGACACUCCAUUGUAGUCGGAACUUAAUACGACUUUUGAAUUGGGUCGAAGAAUAUUCAUCACUGAUUGCGCCUAAAGGGAGAAAAAAGAAUGAAUUUUUUACCGGCUGAAGAUAAUAACUGCGUAUUUAUAACUAAGAAUACGCUUGUCGAUAUACAGUACGUAAAAAAAACGCGUUCUUGUCGACUAUCGGCAUUGCAGGUUCCUACAAUGAAUCUAAAAAAAACUGC